CUAUCCAAUUCCGUCCUUGUCGCUGCGGCGACACCCACACUCGCCGCUGCCAUGACUGAGCAGAUGACACUUCGUGGCACCCUCAAGGGCCACAAUGGCUGGGUGACUCAGAUCGCAACCACUCCCCAGUUCCCGGACGUGAUACUGUCCGCCUCUCGAGAUAAGACCAUCAUCAUGUGGAAGCUGAUGAGGGAUGAGACUAACUAUGGCAUCCCGCAGCGUGCUCUUUGGGGUCAUUCCCACUUUGUUAGUGACGUGGUCAUCUCCCCAGAUGGCCAAUUUGCCCUCUCGGGCUCCUGGGAUGGAACUCUUCGUCUUUGGGAUCUCACAACGGGUACCACCACACGCAGAUUUGUAGGACAUACCAAGGAUGUGCUGAGUGUGGCCUUCUCCUCCGACAACUGGCAAACUGUUUCUGGCUCCCGAGAUAAAACUAUCAAGUUGUGGAAUACUCUGUGUGUAUGCAAAUAUACUGUCCAGGACGAGAGCCAUUCGGAGUGGGUAUCUUGUGUCCGAUUUUCACCCAAUAGCAGCAAUCCCAUUAUUGUGUCCUGUGGCUGGGACAAGCUGGUCAAGGUAUGGAACUUGGCAAACUGCAAGCUGAAGACCAAUCACGUCGGCCACACAGGCUACCUGAACACUGUAACUGUCUCUCCAGGUGGAUCCCUCUGUGCUUCUGGAGGGAAGGAUGGCCAAGCCAUGCUGUGGGAUCUCAACGAAGGUGGUGAUCUCCGGAAGAGAUGGAGCCCCGCCUCACUCCACUCCGGGCCUGGAGCCUAUGCUGGCAGGGAACUGAUGCCCAGCACUCAGGGUGAAGCUGACACCGUGCUUGGUUUGUGUGGUGAGAACUGUUUGGCUAGAGUGCCUUAUCCACAGGAGCACAAUCCAGAAGGGAACCGGUGGUUAGGUCCAGCUUUACCACAGGUCAAGGCAGCCCAUAAUAAUGAACCUUACCAUCAGGUGCACACAGACAGUUCAAGGUCCGGCCCAGGGACGACUAAUGCUCCCUCAGAAAACCUCCCUGUUUCCUUCCACUCCUCCUUCCCUCCGGCGGCACGAUGGCUCGGGCACACAGUUGGUGCUGGGGGCCAGCAAUCUGUGUCUCCGGUCCAACCGUGCUCCUCACAGCAUGCUACUUUUGUUCAGGAAUGCCACGCCUCCUUCCCAAGCGGAACGCUGCGAUGGCCCGGGAGGGCAAGGGGCUUUCGGAAGCAGGUUCUCCGACGGUUGUAUUCAACGCAAGUUAGGAAAGUUAGUGAACGUAACCGAAGUCACAGAAGUUCCGAGAACGUCCGUCCCUCCCGGGAGAGCCAACAGCUUGGCAGAGGCAGUUGCACACAGACCCGGGGGGAGGGUGCUUUGCCUCUCGGGCUCGCUGAGAAGCGGCAGAAGGCAGGAAGUGGGAAGCUGAAUGCAACAGGAAGAACAGGCAGAUGUUUCAAGGGUUGA